GUUUUGAAUGAGCAGGUGACCUUAAUUUUGUCGUACUUUCGGAUGAUUAAUUACACACGUGCCGACUCUGCGCGGGUGCGAAACCCUCUUCCUUCUUCUGCUUCCUAGUUACGCGUCGCGACAAUGAAGGGGAAAGAACUUUUCACCACGCAGAUUGCUGCGGUACGCCCCAAAUCGAAUCGCAAACUGUGGUCAAAUCUCGCAAUCGUGGGCCUCGGGUUGCUUUGCGGUAUUAACUUUUUUCUGCGGUUUUCAGACGGGUCGGUCGACACGGGAGAGGCUCGCAGCUAUCCAGGAGAAUCGCUCCAAUGGAAACCAUGUGGUCAGAUCAUCAACCACGAGCUCGAGUGUGGAGAAAUCAAGGUUCCCAUGGAUCAAUUUGAUGCAGUCAAUUCUGCUAGCAAGACUUUCAACAUCCCGCUCAUCCGCCUUCGAGGCAAAAAUGCCACGCAGAACCUGGUUGUGAACCCCGGAGGCCCUGGUGGCAGCGGCUUCAGCUUCAUGUACCGCAGGGGAGAGCAGUUGAAUCGCAUCGUCGGAGAGAAUUACCACAUCCUGUCAUUCGAUCCCCGAGGUGUCAACUCAUCACAACCUCGUGCGUCUUGUUAUCCGACCGCGGCGAUGCGUGAAAAACACGCCUUGGAUUUGGAUGACGAUUUGGUUGGCGACAGCGCGAAACGUUAUGCUUGGACACAAAAUUAUGUCAAGACAUGUGAGGAAAACAUGGGCGAGCACGGCAAAUACAUCAAUACCCCACAGACAGCAGCCGACAUGAACAGCAUCCUGGACGCCGUUGGCCAGCAGGACAUGGUGUAUUGGGGUUUCAGUUAUGGCACCCUGCUUGGCCAAACUUAUGCUUCGCUCUUCCCAGAACGGUCCAAGAGGAUCAUUAUAGACGGCGUCGUCAACCAGAUUGAAUGGUAUACGUCGCUCCUUUUGCAAGACGACUUCACUAAUACUCAAAAUGUCCUUGAUGGCUUCUUCGACGAGUGCAUGAAGUCACCAAAGACGUGCGCUUUAUCAGGCUUUGCCGACACCAAAGAACAGCUGCAAUCUACUGUGGUCGACUUUUUGCGUGGCUUUGAAAAGGACCCGAUCGCUGUCUUCGUUAACACAACGACGUAUGGAACACUCGACUAUAAAUCCCUGUGGAUCAAUGCAGUCUUCGCCCACAUGUACAAACCGUCUACUUGGUUUGAUUUUGCGACUCGGCUUGCGGAGAUGAUGCGUGGCAACGCGACAAGUGCUUUUCUGACAUACAACACUAAUAACCCUCUCGACUUGACGGACGAGGCACUUGAUGUUGUGAUGCUCAAUGACGGGAUAUCAGGCCCAAAAUAUUGGCCCCAAACUAGGCAGGAACUGGUCGAUCUUCUCUCACCUCUGGAUAACUCGUCUUCGUUUGCUUUUUCCGCGAACCAAGGAUACUAUGCCAAGCAGCAAUGGCUCAUUCCACGAACACACAACUUCACGCCACGCGACCGCGUCGAGACUGCCCAUCCGUUGCUGGUGCUCUCAACUACAUACGAUCCAAUCUGCCCGCUGGUCUCGGCAAAGAACGCACAGAAGACAUUUGUUGGCUCGCGACUGGUUGAAGUCAAGGGCUACGGCCAUUGUUCCGUGGCAGUUGUAUCCGCGUGCCUUGCUCAGCAUGUGCGCGAUUUCCUGGAUACAGGGAAAUUGCCCGAGGAAAAUACGACAUGCGAAGUAGACGAGCCAUACUUCCAAGAGCCGGAGUCAGAGGAGGUAUUGUUGGCGAAACUGUCGGCGGCAGAGGCGGAAGUCGACCAGAUCCGUGCCGCUCAAGCAAUGCUGGCUAGCCAAUUGCGCUGGUAGGAGCCGUUUCAGGAAAGAUGGCAGUAUAUAGCAUCAAGUGAAUUGAUAUUUUAUCGGAAGGAUGUCAUUAUAUGUUAUGAGCAUCGCUAUUUGCACCUAGAAUAUUGAUCGAUAUUUGAAUUAUGUAG